AUGUCUUCAUCCUCGGUCCCAACAGGACUGGUGAUCGACCAAACGACUGUAUUGUCGCUUUUAUCAACACUUGCGAUCCUCGCCGCAGCCUACAUAACAUCCCUCUACACUCUACCUACCGCCGCAAACUCCAAAACUCGCUUCCUCUUCAUCUGGCACGCCUUUGAUGCCCUCAUUCAUUUCAUCCUUGAAGGCACAUUUCUCUACAAUUGCUUCUUCUCCUAUGGUCCUACUCUUCUCACCGAACCUCUGCUUCCCGCUAACGUCCAUUUUCUCGGUCGUGUGGGAAGAAACUAUGGAGCUGCGUAUGGCGGUAGCUGGCACAGUGCCCUCUGGCGUGAAUAUGCCAAGGCUGAUAGAAGAUGGGCGGGUACUGAUCUCACGGUUGUGAGCUUGGAGUGCUUGACAGUGGGGGUGGGAGGUCCACUGGCUUGUUGGAUCUGCUUGCAGUUGGUUCGAGAGAGGUGGGGGAGUGCGUGGUUUUGGAUGUGUGUGCUCGCUACUGGCGAGCUCUACGGUGGGUUCAUGACUUUUGUGCCCGAAUGGCUCAGCGGCUCCCCUAACCUGGUCACUUCGAACUGGAUGUACAAAUGGGUAUACCUUUUCUUCUUCAACACCCUCUGGGUCUGGAUCCCCCUGUGGAUCCUCUAUCAAAGCUACAUCGUCUUUACCUCUGCCCUGAACCCAGCGAUUGCCAAGCAGAAGAAACGAUAA